ACAGGCUCAACUAGUCCUUGCUCGGAAAACCUGUCUCCAACAUCCACCUCGGAUGAACUAUUCUAGUCGUUGAUUGCAUCGAGGAAAGGGGCGAAAAAAGAUAGGAGACAGGAAAGUCUUAUGGAAGCUAUACUUUCUUCAACUUUAGUUCUGCCAUCGCAAGCGACAACAUGUGCGUUUAGCGUUGACGGUCUUCGCCUUGGAGUAGGAUCCGAUGACGGGAGCGUACGGCUAUACCAACCGCCUGAGCAAAAAGUGCAAAAAGCAAUUCGUGGACUCGGCACGUCCGUUUCGAAUGUUCUCUUCCAUACUGAGGACGGCAAAGAAAUAUGGGUUGCAGCGGGAAAGAACGUAUACCGUUUCGACCUUACCCCACCAAAAAUGAUCCUCGCGCUCUCCGACGCGAAUUUUACAAAGGAAAUAGGACAGGAUGACGAGGAUGUCGUCAAUCAACUAGCCCUAAGCGCGAACCGAGCUUACUUUGCAUGUACGACUGAUGCUGGUAGUGUCUAUGUCCUGGAUUUAGGCUCUGAUGAAGUCUCAAAGAUGAAGACAAGUCAUGAUUCCAUUGCAUGGACGGCAUCGUUCAUCCCGGAUAGGCCAAGUGAACUCGUCACAGGAGGGUACGACUGUGUGCUCUUCCUACACGACUUCAAACUCCGUACACUCCUUUCUCGUCUCGAAAUCACUCCUACACCCUCACUAGCACCCGGAAUCUCCUCCCUCCCACCAUUCAUCACCGCACUCGCGCUCUCGGCGCAAGGGGUAGCAGCCAUCGGUACAGCUGACGGACGAAUUUGGGUUGGUCUUGGCGGUAUGAAGUCUCUAUUCACGACAACCGGUUCAGGUUCAGGUUCAGGAAAGAAAGGAAAACGAAAUAAGUCUAAGAAAUGGGGAGGGCUAAACGAAGAGGACGGGUUCUUUGUUAAACUCGGGGAGAGCUUGGUUGCUGGGUUAUUAUUCGUUGCCCCAGACACCUUACUGUCAUGCACUGUACACGGGAAACUCGAACUACACCAGCUAACUCGGAACACUCCGCCAUCUUCAACCUCCACGUCUACCUCCCGACGACAGCCACAAGACAUCACUCCAGUUGGCGGACUACGCUCAUUCUGGAGUGGUCAGUCGUCAUUGACGAAAGUCGACGCCCUCUCGCUCUCCGUACCUAUGAAGUCUGGAGCUGGGGGACAGAAGGAAGGAGAUCGCGAUGCGAUUAUUGCUGUUGCGGGGCUACAUACAGAUAAGAAACGUGGAGCUGUAGAGUUGUGGAAUGUGCGCAUUUCGGAGAGUGCCGUAGGUGUCUCUAGGGAAAGCGAAGGUGAUGCUUGUGGAGGGACAAGCGUGUAUGAAAACGAGGGUGAUGACAACACAGAGCAGGAAAAGGAAUUAAAGCAGUGA